AGUUGGAUCACAGGAUAUAAAAGACUUUGUUUGUCCUCUCCUUUUCACUGCCAAGCAAUCCUUCUGCAGCAGCGCCAGCAGCAGCCCCUUUUCCUCUGAGCCACACUCCCUCCAAAAAACAGGGAAUCAAGAUGACCAUGAUACUGGCCUACUGGGACGUCCGAGGGUUUGCCGGACACAUACGGCUCAUGCUGGAGUACACCAAGGCCAACUACAAGGAAAAGUUUUACGUCGUUGGUGAUGCCCCAGGUUUUGACAAAAGUUGCUGGUUUAAUGAAAAAUUCAAGCUUGGACUUGACUUCCCCAACCUGCCCUACCUGAUUGAUGGAGACAACAAGGUCACACAGAGUAUGGCCAUCCUGAGAUACCUCGCACGAAAGAACAACCUGUGUGGAGACACAGAGGAGCAGAAGAUGAGAAUAGACAUGCUGGAGCAGCAGUGCUUAGACUUGAGAGCCAGCUUUGUGAGGAUGUGCUAUGUUGACCUUGAAGGUCUAAAGCCAGACUACUUGAAGGCACUGCCAGAUGCACUGAAGCUGUUCUCUGACUUCCUGGGACAGAGGAAGUGGUUUGCUGGUGACAAGGUAACUUAUCUUAUAAACAUAAAAGAGUUAAUAGUCAGCUAUAAAACAGCCUGCAACAGGUUUUUAUUUAGGGUUUUAUUGAUUUUUAUUAUUCCCUCAGGGUUCUUGCCCUGGGAAGCUAAAAUGACAAAUCCUAAAGUUGAUAUGUCAAAAAAGAGGACGAUCUGUUAUUAUACACAAGCAUUGGCACACUGGAUGAAUACAGAUCUGUCCAAUAUAUUGAAUCAAAAAUUGCUAUUGCAGUUUCUAAUUUCACAAUAACAAAAGAUUGCUUGGAAGGUCGCAGAUCCAGAGAUUAGCAGUAAUCCAUAGAAAGCUCAGCAAAAAUAUUGCAGACAUUGUGAUCAUGCAAAAGGAGUUUACCCAAGAAAAUGUGGGUUAAUUGUCAUACAAACUAUAUCAUAAUAACAUUGUACAAUAAUCUUGCUAUGUUAAGUCUUCCUAAAAUACAAAAGAAAAUGUGUCUUGCAUUCCUUGUUCUUGUGCAUGAUUUUAUGCUACUAUCAUGUUCGAAAUAAAUAAGUAAAUUAAAU